GUCAUUCAUAUCAGCUGGGACUAAAUCAGUUGGUUUUGAAUCGAUUUGAUCAACUGGAAUCAGUUGUGUAAGUAAGUCUGAUGCACACCGGCAUAUUUCUAUAGAGACUCCAUCAUGGAUUUUAUUCAAGGAGAGAGCAUCUACGAGUUCAAAUUGCUGCAAUUUCAGAAAAUUGAUAAAUAGUGUCAAGUCUACCCGUCUAUGUUGUAUAUAUAUAUAUAUAUAUAUAUAUGAAUUACAUGUAAAAACUAAAGAAAAACUCUAUUUUUGCUGAACUGAUUCGCAUCAGAUAUAAAAAAAUCUCAGUACUGACUUAUCUGUGAGCUAGCUGUCACUUAGCCUCCUGUGAGAGAAGAAUGAGUAAUAGAAAUGUGCGACAAAUGUAACUUAUGCACUACAAUUUCUAUUACAAUAAUCGACGGUAUAAUGUAAAAAACAACAACAUCACUUUCACAUUUUGGCUGAGUAUAAACAAUGAAAAGUGUACUAUAUCACGACCUGAGAUGUUUAUUCUGGGAUGAAUGCUCCUUAAUAUUAUAAACUUUCUGUUUUUUCACCAUUGACAGCUUUUAACAAUCUUUUGUUAUUUAAAUAAUGGGAAUGAUAAAAGUUUUUCUUUUCAUAAUGUGGUUUUCAUACAACGGUAGUGUAAUGAACAAUAACUUUUCAAAAUCGAUACUACUUUUGGAAAAGCUUUUUCAUCGCAAAAUCGUUUAUAUUAGAAUGAGACUUUGUCACGCAAAAAACGGUACAUCAUUUUUCAUGAUCUCGUAUUUUCACCAUGACUUUUAAUGUUUCUAGUGUUCUUUUUUUCGAGCGCGGCUUGUUAAAUAGCUACCUACGAAUAAUGAUCGUUAAGAAUUGUUCGUUGAAAAUCUUCCAUUUGUCAAAAAAUUGCCAUUUUAUAGACCUAAAUGUUCAUGCUCGAUCUAAUGAGAUCUUCGUUAACAUAAAACUCAUACUUUAAAUUUAAAAAAAAUUUGAAUUUUUUUCUCAAAACGUGGAUAUCUCAAAAGCCGUGAGUUUUCUACGCAAAAAACCUUCAAAUUUAGAUAAAGCAUAGGGUUUUAAGUAUCUGCGGUGAUUUGCCACUCAUUUUGGGAGCGAUAUUGGCAUCAGUUAUUUGAUCUAUUUAUUUCACACACAAACACAAGCUGUUCACAAUAAACUAAUGAGAAUUAGCGAUCAGGUUGUAGUAAUUCGGACAAUCCUCCGUCACUACCUGCUAGCUAUUAAAACUUAUCUUCCUUAUUUUUUUCUAUAACCUAGUGAAUAUAAUAUAAUGAAUGUGGAGUGCAUGGCACUACAUCUUGCUCUGCAAAGAUAUGUGAUUCUAAUCAACCGUAAGUGUUCCGUUCAGAAAAUCCGAAUUUACUUUAACAGCGUAGUUUUGUUCAGAUUUUCGACGAAAAAUCGAGAAGCGUUGCCUUUCCGGAUUGACCGAAACUGGUUAUCUGGAACUAUUUUGAAGCUUUUUGCAUAUUUCGUCUGUAGACAGCUAACUUUGAAUGAAUAUGGAGGGUGUCUGAAAAUGGCAACAAUUUGGGCAGAUAACAUCCGACUAUGCUAAUCACACGAUUCAGAUAUGCUAAAGAUGAACAAUGUGACAAUAGCGUUUUGUCUUAGCGUAUCUUGUAUUGACGUAAACAAAAUGUAUAAUAAUGGCAAAAAUUUAUGAAUAAAUGUUUUAUAAUCAAUUUUAACAUCAUUAUAAACGAAGUUAGCUGCUAAAAAUGAUUAAAACAUCUAAACAAACAAGACGGAUGUUGACUCAGUUGUAGCUGUUCGCGAUUGGCGAAAAUUUUGUUCCAAUGGAAAUAUAACGCUGAUUCUCUACGCUUACAGUUUAAAAACUAUCAAAGUUAAUAAUGUAUAUUAGAUAUACCAAUUAGGAAAAUUAAUAAAUUUUGACCUUCGUCGAUACUGAUAUGUGCACGAGCGUCUCUCCUAAAAAUAUCAUACUUAAACUCUUCCAUUUGUUAUUCGUGCGUCACCCAGCACUCAUUUUGCACGAUCAUCGUGUUUUAUCCUUUAUUUAUUUUCAUUAAUGUAACUCUCUUACAUUCUUUCUGAGAUUUAUUUGUCUCGUUAAUCAUUUUAAAUUCAGUAACAUAUUACGUUCUAAGAAUUGAGUAUUAUGAGAAGAGUAUUUUCUUUUUUAGAAACUGUUUUGUUUUCUGCAGGAUGAUUUUUGCUUUUGUCUCUUUUCUUUUGAAGUAUGGAAAUGAGAAGACAUAAAUGAAGGAAAAAGAUUUACACAAUAAAGAAAAAUAUCGGCACGUCAAACGUUAGUUCUAUUUAGACAAAUGAAAUUAUUUUUGUCUGACGUUAAGAACGAAAUGUCAAAGGAUGCUGCAUCAAUCUUUAUUGAUGUAUGGAAAAAACUGUUUAUAUUUAUUUUUAAGAUUUUUUAUUUGAACAAAAAUGUUAAUUAAAGAUUGGCUCUGUUUUAUCCUAAUUAUUGUAUCAACUUGUUACGGUAUGCUAUUACUAUGUCUGACUAUCAUCGUAUUUUAACUUUUUUGGUCUAGCUCUCUUCUAUUAAAAGUAAUGACUGAAAAGUUGAUUAGAAAUCGAAAGAAAAUCUUUUUUCCCAAUGCAUCAGAGUAGAAAGAGAAACCUGUUACAGAAUACAUACACUAACUUAAAAUCAACUUAAAAACCAUACAACGAACACCCCAUUCUUCUUCGUAUGAACCUCCUACAUAAUUUCUUUUCUCUCUUUCAUUUUUGCAGGUCUAAAUGAUACAAAUGGUUCAUUAUCUUCAAAUAUUUCUUCAACUGUACUAUCACCAACUCCAACGUUAGUCGUAGCUAAUAUUUCAUCUUCAACGCAAGCUACGAUGAGUGCAGUCAUUACUGUGACAGUUACAUCGCUGCCAUCAGCUUUCAUUUCGUCGACAUCAGCUUCAUUAUCAAAACACACUGGUCGUCGUAUAUUAUUUAUUUUGCUUGGUUGCAUAAUGACUGCUUGUUUAGUGGUAUUAAUGAUUUACACGUACACCGUCCUAAAUCGUCGUGGAGGUGGAGGUGGUAACGUUGGUGGGUUUUCGCGUUUUCGACGUAAAUUUCAUUUAUUUCACAUAUCACCAAAUCGAGAUGAAAACGAAUCACGUUUACAUUUACCGGAAAAUCAAGAUGAAGCUCUAUUGUACGAUGAUCCAUACAACAAUAUGCCGUAUACCGAUCAUAAUUCCAAUCCGUAUAAAUCAUUAACAUUAGCUGUUACGUAA